UUACGUUGCGCAGUUCUAUUGAGAAAACCCUACUAUUUUUGCGUAUACUACGCACAUUUAUUCUUUAAAAAGAGUAAUUUCUAAUUAAUAUGGCAUCCCAGGCCAAAAAGAGAAAAAUGAAUUUCUCGGAAAGGGAGGUGGAAAUUAUAGUGGAGGAAAUGGAGAAACAAAAGCACAUACUAGUUAACCACUUCAAUGCUGGAGUCACUCACAUCACCAAAAACAACGCAUGGGUAGAGAUACUGAAGAGAGUCAACGCCGUAACUACCUGUCAGCGAGAACUCGCCGAGGUAAAGAAGAAGUGGUCCGACCUGAAGACCGAGGUCCGGCGGAAGGUGGCCCAGGCACGGGCGGCUAUGGAGGGGACUGGCGACUGUACCUCGGUCCCCGUCAUCCUCACUUCCAUGCAACAGCGGAUCUGUAACCUCCUGGGAGAGGCGACGAUCAUCAGCCUACCUGCAGGGGAUGGUGGCACCGAGAUUACCGUGCCAGUGCCCAUGAGCUCGGCUACCACUGUGACACUAACGCAGAACAUUCAGACUGCUUCUGCUGCGGCCUGCGAGGUACAGAAAACACUAGAAGCAGAAACCACUUACCACACUCUGGAGGAGGGGGUGGUGGAGUACUGCACGACCGAGACUCCCGUCGCCGUCACCACGGAGACGCCGGUGGAGAUGCUGACGGCCCAGGCGGAGUGCUCCAUCAAGCCUCAGGAGCUGAAGAGCCGCAUCGCCCUCAAUUCGGCCAAGCUGCUGCAGGAGCAGCGGGUGACCAACCUGCACGUGCGGGAGAUCGCCCAGCACCUGGAGAACCAGAAUGACCUGCUGCAGAUGAUCCGCCGCUCCCAGGAGGCCCAGGCCUGCGCCCAGGAACGGCAGGCCCAGGCGCUGGAGGGCACGCAGGCUGCCCUCAUCGCCCUCAUACAGAUGCUCCGCCCCGCCCUCAAGGACUUCCGGAAGUUUCUCCAGAGCACCGCCAACAGCUCCGCUGCGGGGCCCCUGUCGGAUGGCGGGGACCCCAAGCCCAACCCCCCACAGCAGGCGGAGGAUGGCAAUUAGGCACCAAGGCGGAGAGCGGGGAGGCGGAGG